CAGAGUUAGAGUUACUCAAAAGGGUCCCAUUGCCUCGGUCACUCUCUUCGUCUUCUUAGACACCCCGAUCCAGUUUCAAGCCAACUCCAACCUCCACCAAUCACCACCAUGUACUACCUCUGGCUCUCCCGCUACAAGACCCUUGCUCUUUGGGCUGGUCUCGAGACCCUAUUCAUUGGCCUUGCAGUUCGGUCAUACUACAAGCCAGUACCUGGCAUGAUCAAGCCUCAGCCUGCUUUCGCUCGUGCGCGUCAUCAGCUGGCACACGCAUAAACAAUGUCCUUGUCCAUUCAACCCUCCACUGUACGACAUUCACCCACCCGCGUUUCGGUUUUCGCUGUUGUUUGCAUGUACUUUAUCUUCACUGUUUUGACGAUUAGAGUAGCAGUUUUAUUACCGGUGUAUUUUUAUCCAUUAUAUCCAGGGUAUAUUCAAUCCUAACCAAUUAGAAACACACAUCCGCCUGCCAUCAAUUGCACAGGAACUCGUCCGCGCUGGAUAGAAGGUGCUUCCAGAAACGCUGGACAACCUCGUCGUCGAAUCCGUUGACAUCGUAACCAAGGCUAAGCCAGAGCUUCCCAACGAAAGUGUAGCCAAAUAGUAACAUCCCUCCCUGCCUUUGCCGUGAGCCGGUGGUAAGGGUGUGUAGAGUCACCGGAGAGAAGGACUGAUGUUUGUAGGUUCCAUCAAGGUUUCCGAGCAAGGACAGCCCAAUGAGAGCCUUCGAAGGUGCGGGCGUGUCGUUCUCGAAAAGCUUUGGGUUAGGCAUAGAGAGUUUGCACUCAACACCAUCGUCUUGCAUUCCCCAGAUGCGAGAACGGAGACCCCGUUCUUUAGCCAUGGCUUGGCUUCGAGAGGCUAGCAUCGGGCUUUUGGCUGCCUUUGAAGUUUGAAGCUUGACUGAGCGUGCUCGAUGCCAAAA